GUGGUUUAGGCAUAUCAAUGGCAGCCGAUUUCUACCCAUCACAGCCCAAUUUCCGGCGUAUGAAGUGCUUUUUCGUGUAAAAUCAGAAGGAAACGCAAAAUUUACGCCGGGUAUCUUCACCAUCGAAGGAAACUCUCAAAACCCCCCCCUACUUUCACUCUCAAUUUGAUCAACCCUACGAGUAAAUGCUUGAGGAUUAUGGUUUGUGUCGUGAGAUUGUAUACAUUACCCGCAUUUGGUGAUGAGAAGACGACAAACUUCAUUAAGAUGGUCUUGAUGGAAGAACAUUGUGGAGCGCAUCAAACUAGCAGAAGAAUAACUGGAUGGAGCUUUAUGGCUAGGAUCAGACUUAUUCACUGGUGCUAAUGGGGAUAGUUACAUUCUAAGCAAGGCUAUUCAUCUUGCCUAAACAGUUGUGCUUCAAUUUCUAUUUAUGGUGGGUUGUUCAUUAUCUAACUAGACAAAGUAUACCCGGUUUUCGGUUUGGGAAUGGAGAAAACAAAGCUUAAUUUGAAUGUCCCACUUCUAUCUGUGAGGACUAGGAGGAUCAACCGUAGUCAUCAAUCGGAGCGUGUAACCAGAAAGAACCCCGAAAAUUCGCUUGUUAGCAGUCGAAAGCAGUUCCCACAACCUGAUUGUGAGUUGAGUGAGGUCACAGACAAGACAGUUGCAGUCCCAUUUUGUUGGGAACAAGUACCCGGAAAGGCUAGAGGUGAUGAUUCAUCUUCAACCACACCAAGGCUCCAUUACCACCAAAACAUUUCCAGGUCUCAAACCAACGCAACCCACCCACCCGAAGACCAUGCUGCUUUGCUUGAUUGCUUGGUAGAGAGCAUGAGGGCGAAAGGGGAAUUUGAUUUGGAAAGACGGGAGUACCCGUGUCCUGAUGAACUCGAAUCACUAACCGAUUCUUUGUCAUCAAGUGGUUGUAAGGACCCAGAUUAUCUGGAACUCUUAGACGAGUCGUUUAUGGUACCUGCAGCCAAAGCUGUGGGUUGGGGCACCGAAGAACCGAAGCUGGCGAAGAACAAGUCAGUUGCAGUGGAAAGAAAGCCCUAUGGCAUGCCUUAUUAUAGUGACUAUGCAGAUGGUGCCAUGGUUGAAAAUCAACACAAAAAGCCACACAAGUUUUGGAAGAUUUUCAAUAGGCUUCGUUCUAAGAGCUCCUCCGGGGGAUCAAAAAUGAAAAAUCUUGAGGCACCCACACCCUCAAUCAGGGGACCUAAAGGCCAGACUGGAAAUGCUCUCAAUAGAUCUCUUAACCAUGACAGACAAUCUUUUAGUGGACCUCUAGGAAAGCAAUCACAUGAUUACCAGCAAAGAUUUCAUUCUAGGGCUUUAUCAGGGGAGCUGUUCAAAGUGGGCAAAAGAAACAUACCCAACCACUUGCCUCAGUCCAAAAGUGCUGCAGCAUCUCCGAUCCGGAGCUUCACUUCGUCUCAUUUUAGUGACCCAAAGAAGUUUCUUGGUGUGCCAAGAGAGCUGGAGAAUUUCAAGGGUGCAGGCUAUCUUCAUCGCGACAUUCAUACACAGAACACUCGCAAAGGAGGCCCAGAUUCGCCCGUGGAUGUGGUUGAGAAAACUGUUUAUGUAGAUUCUGUGAACUAUGUAAAGAAUCCAAAUCGCGAGACGUUUCCUUCAAAACCCAAGGUUGUUAAGGAGUUAGACAAUUUGCCAACUCUGAAGUAUGUGAAAACUCAUGAAAUGUUCAAGGACAUCUCAGAAAGGAGCAAAAACCCAAGUCAAGAACCAAUAAACAAUAAACAAGGCUCUAAAGACUUGGAAACCAUUCACAGGAACAGAAGUGGCAAUGGAAGAAAUAAAGAAUCAUCAUGUCCACCCUUACCUAAGUCACCAACAGAAUCUUGGCUUUGGCGAACACUGCCUUCGCGAAGCAAUAUGGACCAAAUGGAUAAGAGUCCGAGGGGAAUUAUUAAUACUCCAACAAAACGGGAGGUCACUGUGAAAUCUUUUGACGAACAUCAUAGUAACAGACAUUAUUUUGAGGAACUUGUUCCUCAUGGUUCUCACCUUUGGUAAGACGCUUGAUUAGGCGUAGGAGUGCAGCCUUCAAGAAUGUAAGGCUCUUUUUCAUUCACUCGCUGAAUUUGAUUUGCGCGCUUCGGUUUAACAUCAAAAAACUUGAAGUGCAUUGUUCUCCAACUUUUUAAUUAGAGCCCCCCAUGAGGUUUUUUUUUAUAUCGGAGUGUGGGCGCGGAUUAAAGAAAUGGUAUUUUAAUUGUUUUGAAGUAAUUUAUUUUUGAAUUCAUACAUGGCAUUUGUAUGAACUCCUUGAAUGGCAUUGUGGUGGGUCAAGAAAUUCUUAGUCUUAUU